AUCCGAGGAUCUGAAUGACGUAGAGCUCGAUUAGAAAUUUGUUAAACCUAGAGAAUUUGUAGCAAUUGUUUAACAUCUUCCAUCUUAUACUCAACGACACAAGAUCAAGGUGCCAAUUAGGUCAGGGUUGCAGUAACUUCAACCCAAAGCCGCUGGUACUGAGUACGCCGUCGCGCCUCUGCGAGAUGCAGCGUCUUUUUUUUAAUUUUAAAAGCUAAAAGCGCCACAGACAAUUCUUAUAGAUAUCAUAUAUCCCUUUUUCUUUAUAUCAAAUAUAUCAUUUGAUCGCUUGCGCAUUCUUCAGAUAUAAGGCACGUACAACGAAAAGCUAUGUCUUGAUCUACCACGUGAUUGAUUGUGAUAACAUGAAGCGCUCCACAAAAAAAUUGUUGGAAGGCCUGUAUCAACUACAGAUUUCUUCGUAGAAAACAUCAUUACAAGCAACUAUUGGCGAAAAUGGGUGUCCUUAGCCAGAGAACGAUUACAAAGACGAGAAGAAAGAUCAGAGACUUUGAUCAAGUCAAAGCCGAUCUCAUAUCCAGCAAAAGUCUGGAGAAGUUCAAGGAUUCCAAAGCAGCAGAAGAUCUACCCGAUUUAGGCAGAAACUACUGUGUCGAAUGUGCUAGAUGGUUCAAUGCUGAAUCAACACUCCUCGCACAUCGCAAGGGUAAACCACAUAAGCGCAGACUCAAGCAACUCCGUGAAGAACUCGAGACUGCAAGGAUCCCUGGCGGAGGUAGUUCAAAACGAUCAACAGAAGCUUCCGCUGAGACCGCCACGACCACCGACGACGUGACCAUGGCCAGCUGAAUGAUGUUCGACCAACCCUGCGAAAAGCCCAUAAACGACAUGGCAUACCCAAUACCGGCGCCGCUGCAGGUCCAUGGUCACAAUUUAGCAAACUGUGUAGGGUCCAAUUUCAUCUUCCCCCGCGCCCAGUUGGUCUAGCAAGCCCACUAGCCCUGCCUCUUGCCCGGGUAGCUCUGCGACCUGUUGCAUCCCCUCGGGCUGCUGGGAGGCGGGACUGACGUGGCUCCGGGAGUGCGCUUCGUAUCCGUGGUUUCGUUACAGUCGGAGGAUUGUCAAUAAAUGUUGUAUCCGUUGUCCUGUUCGAGACGGUUAGCUAUGAUACUCUGAAGUGGCAGUGUGGACCAAUAGGCAGGUGCGUAUCCCCACGUACAUAAUGGUUG